AAAGGAAAAAGAAAAAAGCUAGCCUAAUGUUUUCCUAGCUUUUCUUUCUUGUAAUAAUAACAAUAAUAAUAAAUCCCAUUUCGUUAAUUCUCCUUUUAUCAUCAUCUUCUUUCUCUUACACAAAUCCCCUCUUUGCAUCAAAUUCCCUUAAAUUUUCCACAGAUUUCAUCUCCCUCAGAUUCCCCCUCCCUCCCCCCAUAUUUUCAGCUUCCUCCAUUUUUCCCUUCUCAUUUCCUUUUCUUGUUUUUUUUUUUUUGUCUCAAUUUUUUAAAAAUUUUUUUUUUUUCUACUUUUUCAAAACUCCCCCCCCCCCCUCAAGUUUUUUCAUCAAGAUUUAGUGUUUCUCUUCAAGUUUUAAUUUUUCUUUAAUUUUGUCCCAUUUAUUGUAUUAUUCUUUUAUUUUAUUUUUCAAGAAAAGGGGAAGAUUUUGUUGAAAAAAAUACCUAUUCCAAGUGUGUUUCUAUACCUAACUGAUAUUAGGCUUUAGGUUUUUUGAUUUUUUUUUUUGGGUUACCAAAAAGAUAUCAUUUUUAGCAUUUUUUAGAUUUUGCUGGAUCUAGGGUACUUUCAAGAUUGUAACUUUUUUGAUAAUUCGUAAGGAGAAGUGAUUGAUAAUUGAUAUUAAUAUCAGUUUAGUUUAAUUGAAGUUUAGUUAAAUAAAGAAAAGAGUGAAUCUUUUUGGUGUUUUUGUUGAUUGUUCAAUCUUUGACUAUGGAUCAUGUGGUUGGUGGCAAGUUUAAACUAGGCCGAAAGAUCGGUAGUGGAUCUUUUGGGGAACUUUAUUUAGGGGUUAAUGUGCAAACUGGUGAAGAAGUUGCUGUUAAGCUGGAACCAACUAAAACAAAGCAUCCUCAGCUUCAUUAUGAAUCAAAACUGUAUAUGCUUCUGCAAGGGGGAACUGGAAUUCCACACCUCAAGUGGUUUGGCGUUGAAGGUGAAUACAAUGCCAUGGUUAUUGACCUUCUUGGACCAAGUUUAGAAGACUUAUUUAACUAUUGCAAUAGGAGGUUCACUUUAAAGACAGCUUUAAUGUUGGCAGAUCAAUUGAUUAAUAGGGUUGAAUAUAUGCACUCAAGAGGAUUUCUUCACCGUGACAUUAAGCCCGAUAACUUCUUAAUGGGUUUAGGGCGUAAAGCAAAUCAGGUAUACAUCAUUGACUAUGGUCUUGCCAAGAAAUAUAUAGAUCUUCAGACACACAAGCAUAUACCAUACAGGGAAAACAAAAACCUUACCGGAACAGCUCGUUAUGCUAGUGUUAACACCCAUCUUGGAGUUGAACAAAGCAGAAGAGAUGAUCUGGAGUCUCUUGGUUAUGUGCUUAUGUAUUUUUUGAGAGGAAGUCUGCCGUGGCAAGGUCUGAAAGCUGGCACCAAAAAGCAGAAAUAUGACAAGAUUAGUGAGAAGAAGAUGCUUACACCUAUAGAGGUGCUUUGCAAAUCCUAUCCCUCAGAAUUCGUAUCAUAUUUUCAUUAUUGCCGAUCAUUACGGUUCGAUGACAAGCCAGAUUACUCAUACCUGAAAAGGCUGUUCCGAGAUCUUUUCAUUAGAGAGGGUUAUCAAUUUGACUAUGUGUUUGAUUGGACUAUCUUGAAGUAUCCUCAAAUUGGCUCCAGUUCAAGAGCACGACAACCUGUUGCAAGAUUACCUGCGAAUCCGGGACCAUCCAUUGAAAGAGCAGAAAAGAUCCCCGUGAGGCAGGAAAUUAAAGAUAGAUUUUCUGGUGCGGUGGAGGCGUUUUCCAGAAGGAAUGUGUCUGGAACUGGUUUAGGGGACAAUUUUAGACAUCACAGAUCUUCAGAAGAUGUACCAUCAUCUAAGGAUGUGCAAGCUGAUGCUGAAAGAGGCCGUGUAUCUCGAACUGGUAGCACCUCGAGGAGGGCUGUAAUGGGAAGCAGCCGACCAAGCUCAUCUGGUGAACCCACUGACAAUCGCACUGGUCGCUUAGGUUCAGGCAGUGGCCGUAUUUCCACUACCCAAAGAGUACAACCAGGAUUUGAGUCCAAGUCAUCAUCGUUUACCCGUGCUACUGCAACAAGAGGGGGUAGGGAUGAUGCUCUUAGGAGCUUUGAGCUGCUAACUAUUGGCACUGGAAGAAGGAAAUGAGGCUAUAUGAUGUCUAAUAUCUGCCCCUCAAAGGUACCAAAACGUGUACCGCUGGAUACAAAUACUAUUUGUCCACAGCUAAUACGAACUUAUCGUUACUGUGUUUUGCUGAUAGUUGAGCAGCAGAUUGAGCAGCUGUCUUAAGCACUUCCCAACAAGCAUGCACUGAUUCCUGCAAUUUAACAAACUUGCUAAACUUUCAAGAGAUAAGGGGGGUGUUUCUGUUUUGUAUAUUUGAGAAUGCCUCUCUAAAUGUGUGAUGUUGUAAACCGGGAUCUGUCUCAAAAAUAAAAAUAUUUCACAUCUAGUCAUAGCUCCCCUCUUUUUUAUGUUUGCAAUGGCUGCUAUGCUUGCGAACGGGGAGGAUUUUUAGUUGGAAAGUAAAUAGCUCAUGGUUAUGCAGUGUAGUUCCGAUUACUUAAGGGACUACCUCAGUACUUUCUCAUAGCUGUGUGGUUCUUGUGCCAAGAAAGGUCUUGAUAUACUUUAUAUAAUGUACCUUAAAUUUCUGCCCUCUAAAUCUUUCUUCCUAUAUGAUUUGUUACUAUGAA